UACCCUUUUUUCCGGCUUUCCGGGAAGUAUGGCUGCCUCAGCCACGAUGGCUACUUCAGGUUCUGCCCGAAAGCGUUUGCUGAAGGAGGAAGACAUGACCAAAGUGGAAUUCGAGACCAGUGAAGAGGUGGACGUGACACCCACCUUCGACACGAUGGGUUUGCGGGAGGACCUGUUGCGUGGCAUAUACGCCUACGGUUUUGAGAAACCAUCAGCUAUCCAACAGCGUGCUAUCAAACAAAUUAUUAAAGGAAGAGAUGUCAUUGCACAGUCUCAAUCUGGUACAGGCAAAACAGCAACAUUUAGCAUUUCAGUUCUCCAGUGUUUGGAUAUUCAGGUGCGAGAAACCCAGGCUUUGAUAUUAGCCCCAACCAGGGAAUUAGCUGUCCAAAUUCAAAAGGGUCUGCUUGCUCUAGGUGAUUACAUGAAUGUCCAAUGUCACGCCUGUAUUGGGGGGACAAAUGUUGGUGAAGAUAUCAGGAAAUUGGAUUAUGGGCAGCAUGUUGUUGCUGGUACACCAGGGCGUGUAUUUGAUAUGAUUCGUCGCAGAAGUUUAAGAACCCGUGCUAUCAAGAUGUUGGUUUUGGAUGAAGCUGAUGAAAUGCUUAAUAAAGGAUAAUUUUAGAGAGGCCUGAAGAGACUUACAUAAACUGAUGCUAAGUGAAAUGAGCAGAACCAGGAGACCAUUAUACAUGGCAAAAGUAAGAUUAUAUGAUGAUCAAUUCUGAUGGACGUGGCUCUCAUCAACAAUGAAGUAAUUCAGGCCAGUUCUGAUGGUCUUGUGAUGAAGAAAGCCAUCUGCACCCACAG